AUGGCGCCGACUAUCUGCGAGAUCUGUAAAGACUCGCGGGCGGCAGUGAUUCGACCAAAGAACUCUCAAAAGAUCUGCAAACAAUGUUUUCUGUCCGUCUUCGAGGCCGAGAUUCACGAAACCAUCGUGAGGAACAAACUCUUCAGCCGGGGAGAACGCGUGGCCAUCGGAGCAUCUGGCGGCAAGGAUUCAACAGUUCUCGCUUCAGUGUUGAAGACUCUGAAUGAGCGCCACGACUACGGCCUAGAUCUCGUACUCUUGUCCAUCGAUGAAGGUAUCAAAGGUUAUCGAGACGACAGUCUUGAGACGGUGAAGCGGAAUGCCGUGCAGUACGCAAUGCCCCUCGAAAUUGUCGGAUACGAUCAACUCUAUGGAUGGACGAUGGACCAAGUCGUGGCCCAGGUAGGCAAGAAGGGAAAUUGCACAUACUGCGGCGUAUUCCGCAGACAGGCGUUGGAUCGAGGGGCUGCAAAGCUUGGCAUCAAACACGUCGUAACCGGUCACAAUGCCGACGAUGUUGCCGAAACUGUCAUGAUGAACCUGCUUCGUGGCGAUCUGCCGCGACUUGCCAGGGCAACCUCUAUUAUGACCUCCAGUUCUGCGAGCGAGAUCAAAAGGAGCAAGCCUCUGAAAUAUGCCUACGAGAAGGAAAUCGUCCUCUAUGCUCACCACAAGAGAUUGGAUUACUUCAGUACGGAGUGCAUAUACUCGCCAGAGGCCUUCAGAGGCAGCGCUAGAACGUUGAUCAAGGAUUUGGAGAAGAUUCGGCCAAGCAGCAUAUUGGACAUUGUGAGAAGCGGAGAGGACAUGGCUGCCCUCGUGCCUCCCGAACUAGCCAGUUCUGCGUCCUGUGUAGUGGACGGUAAUGAGCAGACAAACGGCUGUGGCGGUCAAAACCAGACGACCGACUCCAUGGUCCAGUUGGAAAGGGACCUGACCGCCAACGAGGCAGCUGCUGAACGCGAAACCGAGGCCCAAUUGCCCCAGCAAGCAAGCAUUCACGACAAGAAACGACGAGGGCGUCGAAAAGUCGCCAAACAAGUCAUGGGUCAAUGUGAGCGAUGUGGUUAUCUUUCAAGUCAGAAAAUCUGCAAGGCUUGUUCUCUGCUAGAAGGACUCAACAAGAGUCGGCCACGCACUGCCAUUGAGGUAGGAAUUGAAGAUGAAGAGGGGAGUACGACGUUAAUGAGGCAAAUUGCUGGACUCGCCAUUUCUGCUGGCUGA